AUGACUUCUCUCGGUUCUCUCGCGCCCGCAUUCAAGAACGCAUACCUCAACGGGUCUGGCCCGGAAUUAGCUGCAGUACUCACCCCGAUCGCGCCAUCUGAAGAUCCCGGUCGGCUGCGCUCUUUCUACAACUUCUCCACCGCCGAAUAUCUCUCCAAGGAUCUCAGCUAUGGUCUUUUCCACGGGAAAAGUCUGAAAUUACCAAAGGCGGAACAGGCUGCCUGGGUUGACAUCUUUGCUGCUUACUGGGAAGCUAUAGGCGAAAUACUUCGAUGUGAAGAUCGCAUCCCGGGUGCUAGCGUCGUUGCGGUCUUCAAUUCCUGGAAAAAGGUUGCCAAUGCCCUCAUCCGGGGAUACUCGGGCCCUGCCGGCAUUCCGGCUUGGACAUUGCCAUGCUUGUACACAGUCGGGAAGUACAUGCGUACUUUUGCGAUCAAUGCCGAUCUCGAGGCUGCAUCUCAAGGCUCCGCUGGGUUUGGGUUCCAGGAUGACAUCGCAGCUGAUGUUGAAAAGAACGCGAACUUGGAGGAGGCUGCUCGGGUCAUCAACCGGAUGUUCACUCUGUGUCUGAGUGAUAGAGCCCCCCUUGAAGAGUCCCGCAAGUGGGGUAUCUACAACAUGACCAACCUCCUAUUCAAGACAUACUUCAAGGUAUCAAAUGUCGGCCUCACUGUCACUAGCAAAGUGCUAAACUUUCCCCUUCAGAUCAACUCCGUCGGCCUUACCAAGAACUUGCUCCGUGCUAUCAGCGCUUCAUCGGCCGAUCUUCCCCCUCCCGAGGUUUUCCCCAAAUCCCACAUUGUCACGUUCGAAUAUUAUGUUGGGGUCAUCCACUUCCUGGAUGAGAAUUACGCAGAGGCCGAAGAACACCUGACAUACGCUUGGAAAAUGUGCCAUCGAGACGCAAUCAAGAAUCGAGAGUUAGUAGGCCUCAGCUACAGUUAUGAGCUUCUCGCACCAUUCCCACGACUCGAGAAGCUUUUCCGGCCUCUGUCGAACUGCAUCCGAAAAGGUGACUUGGUUGGAUUCGACCAGGCCAUGUCUGACGGCGAGGCAGAGUUUGUGAAGAGACGUAUCUACCUGCCGUUAGAACGUGGCCGCGACAUUGCCUUGCGCAAUCUGUUCCGAAAGGUUUUCCUCGCUGGUGGUUUCGAUGAACCCAAGGAAGGUCAAUCUCCGGUUCGACGUACGCGUGUCCAUGUGAACGAAUUUGCGGCCGCUCUCCGUGUGGGUACUUCUACCAGCGGUCGAUCGCGCAUUGAUAUCGACGAGGUGGAAUGUUUACUCUCGAACCUCAUCUACAAGGGACUCAUGAAAGGAUACAUUGCACGUGAUCGAGGCAUCAUCGUUUUGAGCAAGGGAGGCAGCGCUUUCCCGGGCACAGGUGUCUAA